AUGUACGACGGAUCACUCGGAAUACUUUAUACAACGCUUGCCGAGGAGUCCGAUGUGAAAAAGGUAAUACUAGCAUGCAGAAGCGAGGGUAAAGCGCAAGACGCCAUCGCACGGCUGGUGGCCAAAACGAAGAAGACUCCAGAUUUCUUUGAGGUGCUGGUGCUGGAUACUUCAGAUGUCCAAUCCUGUAAGGCUGCCGCGCAGAAGUUAACAUCGGAGAAAGUGAACGGUGUGAUGCUGAAUGCCGGAGGUGUCAUAGCAGGGAAGGAUAGCACAAAGGGCGUUCCGCUCAUGCACCUGGUGAAUACAAUUGGACAUGUUGUAUUUGUUGAGGAAUUGAUUGCCAGCGGUCGUACAGAGAAUGUAGUUGUGGUGUACUCGGGCAGCGAAGCAGCGCGUGGGGUUUAUAGCGCAAUGGGUACCGUCUUCAAGGAACCAUAUAAAGCAGACGUAUAUAGUCACCUCACAGGAGAAAACCCGCUGGAGAGUGACAUCAACGGCGCCUAUGCAUAUACUAAGGCAAUCGCUGCGUUGUACAUGUCCUCACUUGCGAGAAAGCACCCCGAAUGCCACAUUGUAACUGACAGUCCAGGUAUGACUUCUGGCACUAAUAUCGGCAACUUGAACCCAGUUGUGAAGUUUGUGGCACAGUCCAUGGUCAUGCCACAGUUGAAGCUAGUUGGCUAUUCACACCCCGUUGACAAAGGUGCGCUUGGGUAUACGAACGCAUUGUAUAAUCGAGGCAGUGCGAAUGUGGCCUCUGGUACGUUUUUAGCAUCUAAGAAGAACAAACUCUCCGGCCCUGUGGUAGAAUCAACAUUCGCUCCGCAGUUUGGCGACCAGAAGUUGCAAGACGAUGCCUUAGAUGCUGUCCACGACUUAAUACAGACGUUAUAUUCAUUAGCCGACAUGAUACAGGGAAACAAUAUAUCUCCG